UAAUUAUUUUAAACCAAUAAUUUAAAAUAUUUGAAAAAAUAUCUUGUUCAUUACUGGAUGUCGUUUGGCAACACAUAACGCUACUCGUUAUAAAGAAGAAUAUAACAGGACCUAAAUGAUAAUUAAUUGUGAAUAAUUAAAAAAUCAAAGUGAUGUCUUGUACAGUUGGACUUUAGUUUAGAAAUUCUUCUGUCGUUAUUUGGCAAAGUGCCAUGAGUGCAAACAACGCGUGCUGUGUCAUCCGCUACACGGCCGUUGGGAAGGCCGCAGUUGUCCUCACCUCGAUAGUCUCAGCUUACGCCAUCUUGCUGGCCGUUAUCGAACAUAAUAACUACGAAACAAGUGGAUGGCGAAUAUUUCUGCUACUGGUCAUAGGUCUGGGCACCGUGUACGCUGCCAGCGUGCUUUACUACGGAAUAAAGGAGGGUAAGCCAGAUCUGCUCAAGUUUUACUCCCGCAUGUGUGUGGCGAUAUCACUGCUGUUUUUGCUCACCGAAGCUUUCACCCGUGGGCCCGAAACUUCACCGAAUGUCGUUGGGAUGAUCAUCUCAGGUCUUCUGCUGCUGCUGUCAGCCGGCAUCGUGUGGAGAUGCCGUUUAAUUAUGGUCAAAGUCGCGUCGUCUACCAAUUCAGCAUCAGAAUCCCCACUGGCAGCCACAGAAUCUUCCACUUCCACGGACGGGGAUAGAAUUGGAGAUGAUCCCCCGUCGUACAGAGACGUUGUGCACCGUUCACCCCCGGAGGAAUCUUCCUCUAUCUUCACAGUGCCUCUGCCUCACGAGAGAGAUAGGGGUUUUUCAUACGGGAGUUUGAACACACUUCCCCCGCCGUACCACUUGGCCGUGUCUCAAAUGUCCUACGAAAAAAAUACAUCUCCGAGUGACGUCAUACUCCGUCCGUCAGACAUCACUCUUCCCUCGCAAGCUCCUGCCGUACAUGACGUGGUGAGCCGCUGGACACUACACCAAAGCAACGGUAUCAGUGUUAAUUGGAAGACCGUGAUGCGCAAGUGCCAUGAGUGCAAACAACGCGUGCUGUGUCAUCCGCUACACGGCCGUUGGGAAGGCCGCAGUUGUACUCACCUCGAUAGUCUCAGUUUACGCAUUCGUACAGGGCGAUAUCGUAAGAAAUCACUUCGUUUCAAGUGGAUUGCGAAUAUUUCUGCUAUGGGUCAUAAGUCUGAGCUCAGGGUGCGCAGCCGGCGUGCUUUACUACGGAGUAAAGAAGAGUAAGCCAAACCUGCUCAAGCUUUACUCCCGCAUGUGCUUGACGAUAUCACUGCUGUGUUUGCUCACUGGAUUUUUCGCCCGUGGGCCCGAAACUUGUUCACCGAAUGACGCUGUGCUGAUCAUCAUCUGUCUUCCGCUGCUGCUGUCAGCCGGCAUCGUGUGGAGAUGCCGUUUAAUUAUGGUCAAAGUCGCGUCGACUACCAAUUCGGCACCAGAAUCCCCACCGGCAGCCACAGAAUCUUCCACUUCCACGGACGGGGAUAGAAUUGGAGUUGAUCCCCCGUCGUACAGAGACGUUGCGCACCGUUCACCCCCGGAGGAAUCUUCCUCUGUCUUCACAGUUCCUCUGCCUCACGAGAGUUAUAUGCCUUAUUCCUACGGGAGUUUGAACUCACUUCCCCCGCCCUACCACUUGGCCGUGUCCCAAAUGUCCUACGAAACAAAUGCAUCUCCCCCGAGUGACGUCAUACUCCGUCCGUCAGACAUCGCUCGUCCCUCGCAAAAUCCUGCCGGAAAUCUCACGACUCUCUUCAACAGUUCAGAGUCGCCGCAGUCUGCCAUCCAUGUUCACGAUCCCAAUAGAUUUUAGGCUUUUAGCUUAUCGAUAUGCGCUGCUGUUUGGAAGCUCAUUUGGAUUAAAGCGCGUUUAAGGAUUCUUGUGCACAGUGUUUUGUAAUUAGUUUUGUUUAGCUAGUUUAUAGUGACAUAAUUUGUAUAAUUUCACGGAAUUUACUAUUACGCUUUCAUAUCAAUUAGAAUCUGUAAAGUAACUUCUGCUGAAAAAGUUCAAUGUCGGUUGCUGUGAUCUCAGCGUUUGAGGGGCCAAUAACAGCAUUCAAACUUCGCAUCCCGUACCAUCGUAUCUCUUAUUCCAGGUAAAAAUCCUGUAAUUAAAAGUUGAUAACAUUAAAGAAACAUGUUUUAAAUAUAUUAAUUGGAACGUAUUCAAUCUGUCAUGCAAUUGUCUCCAAACAAAUUAUAUUUAUACAUCAUUAGACUGAUCAAGAUUCAAUUUCUCGUUCGGAUCUCGUAGUAGUAUAAGAGGCUGUUGUUGGUGACGUACAAUAAGUCCAUUAUUCGGUGACAACCUGACAAUGCCAUCUUACUAAUGUUUGCCAUGGGUGAACGAAUGCACAGUUUAUAGUUUAA